AGAAGGACGGCAAGGAGAAGAGCUGUUGCGCGGUCCUGCUCCAGCACAAACCGCCCCCAGCCAUCGCCAAAGGCGUCUUGAGCAGGAGACCAGAGAAUGAGACUGUUUUACACCAGUUCUGCUGCCCCGCAGCUGAUGCCGAGCAGAAGUCUUCAUCUGCAGACUCUUCUCCAAGUGACGAUCCCUGCGGUUCAGCCAGCAAGAAACCCGGGUGUGACGCGGAGGACCCGAAGGAGGCCAGCAGACAGGAAGGCAGGUCCGACACCUUGAAGUUAAAAGCCCGGCAUGCGGAGCUGCAGGAAGAGCAGGCGGAUCAGGCUGCGGGGUGCUCCCUUUUGGUGCAGAAGGCCAGCCUCCACCACACGGGUUCUCCCGUGAGAGGCCAGCGCAGCAAAGGGGCAGCCACAUGUUCCCAUGCCGCCACUUCCGAUUAUGAGCUCUCCCUUGACUUAAAGAAUAAACAGAUCGAAAUGCUAGAGCACAAAUAUGGAGGCCACCUGGUCUCUCGGAGGGCAGCCUGCACCAUCCAGACUGCCUUCCGCCAGUACCAGCUCAGCAAAAACUUUGAGAAGAUACGGAACUCGCUCCUGGAGAGUCGCAUGCCCCGGAGGAUUUCACUGAGGAAAGUCCGAGUCCAGAACUCUGAAAGUUUUUCUGCUGAGAAGGCCCUCGUGGAAGGCUAUAACUUUGUUGGCAUCCCGUUGGUGAGGUCUCCGUCUUUGCCAGCUACCAUAAGCGGGGCCCUGACUGAGCUGGAGGACUCUUUCACCGAGCAAGUCCAGUCUUUGGCCAAGUCUAUAGAUGACGCCCUCAGCACAUGGAGCCUGAAGACAAUGUGUUCCCUUCAAGACGGCAGCUCCUACCAGAUAAGGGAGACAUUCAGCGCGAUGCAGCCAAACCAAGACUUGGAAGCCGAACUGAAGGAUCAAGAGAAGGAGGAAGGGCUGCUGCCAGAUACGUUGCCAAAGAGCAGCAGCACCCUCAUGAUGGCCUUCCGGGACGUCACCGUUCAGAUUGACAACAAGAACUUCUCCGUCUCCUCAUCUACCUCGGUGUCUAUGGCAAACUGCCUUGCCAACAACACCCAGGCGGGGGUUUCUCAAGCUGCCAAAAUAGAAGAAAUCCCAGAGGAAGCUGGGAAAGAGAACCAAGAGCCUCAAGCUGUCUCCGAGGGGCCGCCUGACUCCGGAAUCCUUCAGAAUAGUCAUGCGGCAACUGAGGGGAACAUCAACACCAACGGCUUGGCGGGAGGGGAAGCAGACCAAGAACAAAUGAUGUUGCAGAAGCUGGAGUUCGGCUCCAGCCACGAGGCUGGGCAGAACAAGGGCUCGGAGGCAGAAAAUGUGGACAAUUCAGAGCAGCUGAGCAGCAGCAGCACCUCCACCUCGGCCAAGUCUGCCUCAGAGUUGUCUUCGAAGGAAGCCUUGCAGGCGAUGAUUUUGAGCCUCCCGCGGUAUCACUGUGAAAACCCGGCCAGCUGCAAAUCUCCUACUCUUUCCACAGACACCAUGAGGAAACGGCUGUACCGCAUUGGACUAAACCUCUUUAACAUAAAUCCAGACAAGGGGAUCCAGUUCCUUAUAUCUCGGGGCUUCAUACCAGACACACCGAUUGGAGUGGCGCAUUUCCUGUUGCAGCGCAAGGGGCUAAGCCGGCAAAUGAUCGGGGAGUUCCUGGGGAACAGCAAGAAACAGUUCAACCGGGAUGUUCUAGACUGUGUAGUAGAUGAGAUGGACUUCUCUGGCAUGGAGCUUGAUGAAGCUUUGCGAAAAUUUCAAGCCCACAUCCGGGUGCAGGGAGAGGCCCAGAAGGUGGAGAGGUUGAUUGAAGCCUUCAGCCAGCGGUACUGCAUGUGUAACCCUGAUGUAGUCCAGCAAUUCCAUAACCCAGACACCAUCUUCAUCCUGGCCUUUGCCAUCAUCCUACUUAACACGGAUAUGUACAGCCCUAACAUCAAACCCGACAGGAAAAUGAUGCUGGAGGACUUUAUUCGGAACCUCAGAGGAGUGGAUGAUGGAGCUGACAUUCCCCGGGACUUGGUGGUGGGAAUUUAUGAGAGGAUCCAACAGAGGGAGCUCAAAUCAAAUGAGGAUCAUGUAACCUAUGUCACCAAAGUAGAAAAAUCCAUUGUUGGAAUGAAAACGGUCCUCUCAGUGCCACAUCGCCGGUUAGUUUGCUGCAGCCGACUUUACGAAGUGACAGACGUGAACAAAGUACAGAAGCAAGCUGCUCACCAGAGGGAAGUCUUCCUCUUCAAUGAUUUGCUGGUGAUUCUCAAGCUUUGUCCCAAGAAGAAAAGCUCUUCAACGUACACAUUUUGCAAGUCAGUCGGCCUGUUAGGAAUGCAGUUCCAUCUCUUUGAGAAUGAGUAUUACCCACAUGGCAUCACCUUGGUGACUCCCGUUUCAGGCUCAGAGAAGAAACAGGUACUCCAUUUCUGUGCUCUGGGUGCCGAGGAAAUGCAGAAAUUUGUGGAAGACCUGAAAGAGUCAAUAGCAGAGGUGAUGGAGCUAGAACAGAUUCGAAUUGAAUGUAAGGCUCCCAGCGUGGCCCAGACUCCAUGCAGUCAUUCUGUCUGGGAGCUGGAGAAGCAACAUGGGACAAAGAACCUUUCCUUAAAGUCCAAUGGAGCUCAGAUGGAAAUACAAUCCAAGCAAGGAUCUCCAACAGCCAAAAGAGAUUUGGGAGAGAAGGUUCCGGACAGCACAGUGGAGGUUUUAAUCAAUGCCUCCCCUGCCAGACUGACAAUUUUACCAAUUUCCAGAGAUACAAUAAAAAGUUACUGCUAGGACGGGUAAUACAACUUUCAAAUCCAGAUUAAACUUCAAAGCAUUUUUUUUCAAGCCGUUUCAAUAACUGUUAACACAUCCUUCAUGGAGCGAGCGCCCGAACUCUGGAGACUAACCUGCUCCUUCCUCAUCCCCACCCUACACACUUUCAGGAGAAAUCAGAGACACAGCUGAGGUGAACUCCGCUGGCAGGCCACCGCCAUCGCAGGACCCCCCGCUAAAACUCACUGCUAUGACCUUUCCCUCAUAGGUUCUUCUGCCCUAGACACUGGGCCCUCAUCGCAGGCUUCAUAUAUUGAAAGCAUAGACCAAACAUUUCCCAUAUUCACUGGGACUCUUCUUAGGUUGAAAGCUUAGGCCAAUCAUUUCCCAAUUUGGGGAGGGUUGUUGGAGGAACUUUCUUUCCUGUCCUUAUUUGGGAGCAAGGACUCUUUUGUAGGAGUCUUUCUGCGGAUCUCAGCUCACCAAGAAAGCUGUCAUCUGGGAGAGAUAUCCAGAAUAUUUCAUUUGUCCCAGCUUUGUCCUUUCCCAAGCCUCUUUCACCAAGCAGAUAGCUCCAUCUCCCUGAAAGUGUUACUUGCCAUAGGGGCAGGAGCUGCAGUUCUUCGCAAACAAGAAUUUCCUCAAGCAGCCUCCAUUUCCAGCUCCAACUCCUCUUUCUUGCUGAUUAGGCCUCUUUCCACAGAGGCCAUUUUACACCCACGCC